GCUUUUAUCGUUCUUUGGUUUUAGGAUAAACUCUUCAUUUCGUAUUUCUAUUGUAAAAUUUUAAUUUUCAGUCAUAUAGAGUUUUAAAUGUCUUUUAAAGAAUUAAUAAAUGAGAUCAGAAGAUCAAAUGCUGCAAAAGCACUCUUCUGGCUUCUUGUUGCAUUGAGUUGUUGUAUAAUAAUUGUGGUUGCUUUAGAUUCGUUGGAAGAACCUGAUCAUGAUAUCUCACCAGUCAUGGUUGAGUUUGCUCCAAGACCAAACAAAGGGUCAAUCAUUUAUUAUAAAUACAAAAUCGCCCAUAGUUGGAAACGUUGGACAAGUAAAAUUGAUCAUUUUCUCGCCUUUUACAAGAAUCCGCCUAACAAUACCGUCGAAUGUAAUUUUGAACAAGAAUUGACGUCCAAUCAGUCAUGCAAUGUUGAUUUACAACAGUUUGAACCUUGUAUCAAUACACACAACACCUACGCCAAAGCUUCACCAUGUGUUUUCAUUAAAUUCAAUAAAGUCUUUGAUUGGCUUCCACAAUACUACGAAAACUUGAAUGAAACUGAAUUUGGAACAGAUUUUACAAACAAAAUUGAAAACAAUUUUGCAAAAUAUCAUCCAGAAUAUCUCCAAACUGUUUGGGUUCAUUGUACUGGUAGAACGGAAAUGGACACAAAUUUACUUGGAGAUGUGAAUUAUAUUCCAUGGAUGGGCUUUCCUGGUUAUUUCUUCCCAUACAAAGGCCAAGAAUCUUACAUGGAACCACUGAUAGCAAUUCAGUUCACUAAUCCAAGAGUGAGAAUAUUUCUGCUUAUUUUAAUUGUGUUUCUCAUCUGCGUGGGUGUUUAUAUCCUCGUGAGAUCAUCCUCAUUAAUGGAUUAUGAUGAUGAGACGGGGUCGAUUGAAGUUAUUCCUAAAUUCGAUCAAGGAAAUUUCAUCCGAUAUUCAUCAUCAAACAGAGAAAGCAUUCUGGGAGUGUCAAGGAAAAUCGAUGAAGCAUUGAAACCUUACAACAGCACAAGCAGCAAUUUAUAUCGCGGGUGUAAUUUCUACAAUCAUCCACCACUUGGAAAAACUUGUGAUGUUGACAUAAAAGCUUUCGAUCCAUGCAGCAAAGAACGCUAUUUUGGUUACUUAAAAUCGACGCCUUGUGUAUUUUUAAAAUUAUCGAAAGAUGCUGAAUGGGUUCCGGAAUUUUAUAAUGAAUCGUCACUGCCUGAAGAAAUGCCUGAAGAUUUGAAGCGAGAUGUUUCGGAUUAUGUUAGACAAAAUAAAAGACAUGCACAAAUAAUUUGGGUCUCAUGCGAAGGCAAAUCACCGGUUGAUAAAGAAAAUAUGGGUCUGAUCACAUAUUUGCCACGACGUGGUUUCCCAGGUUUCUAUUAUCCUUGCUCGAGUAAAAUUGCUUGUACCGAACCGCUUGUUGCAAUUCAAUUUCAGAGUCCGAAAUCUCAAGUAUUGAUCAACGUACAAUGCACAAUCUGGGCAAAGAAUCUACACAAGAAAGUCGAUUUCGAACUUCAAAUAGAUUAAAUAUAUCACACGUCCACUAGUCAUUACAUCAUCUGAUCUUUUUCAUCACUUAAGGUCACCAUUAUUUCAUAAACCAAAGCACAUGUUGUUAUUAAACCAGCAGAUAUCAUGCCAAAUCGGUCUCAUGUUUAAUUUUUGCUAUUUAAUACACAGGAAAAUCUAUUUUUAAUAUUUGUAUGUUGAUGUUUCACACCAGAUGGAUUGCAAUAAAGUCAGUAGUUUAGUUUCCAAGACAUUAGAAAACA